AAAAUAAGAAUUGAUUGACAUUAAAUCAUGUGGCAACAAAGUAUAAUCGAAAUUCAAAUCAAUGAAAUUGUCAUAAUGACGUUUCUAUUCUUUCAUUUAUAGCGACUUCAAUAGGCAUUUCAGUAAGCAAUAGGCAUUUUUAAAUUAAUAGAUAAAAUAUUGUGCAUUCGCCGCUAAACACAGAAGCAGAAUACAUAUUUUUGAUUUAAUAACAAUAUAAAUGUAAAAAUAGAUAAGUUAAAAAUUUUUGACAAAUAGCAAUUUUAAUUAAAAAAGCAAAAAUUAUUUUGUGUAUACUUCUAUGUGAUUUUUGUAAGAGUAAAGAAGUGUUUUAAAAAAUUAAAUACUUAUAAAGUACGAAUAAUGGCGUCUCCAGUAGAGAAAAAAGCUUCUCGAGGUAGAGAACGUGAAAGGGAUAGAAAUAGAAGAAGAGGUUCAGUUUCUAGUAGUAGUGAUAGCAGCGACAGUUCAUCAGAUAGUACUUCUUCUAGUCGAAGCUCCCGUUCAGAAUCAUCAUCUUCGAGUUCAUCCUCUAGCAGUUCAUCUUCAUCAUCUAGUUCAAGUACUGGCUCUGAACGUAGUCACACAAGAAGAAAAUCAGCUUCGCGGUCUAAAAGUCGAACACCAUCAAAGACAGCUGCGAGCAAAGAGUCUAAAGAAAAAUCAAAAGAGCGGACACGUCGCAGUACAGAACGGGACGCAACGAAUGGAAAAGUUUUAGAGAGAGAAAGAGCAAACAGUAAAAGGCGAAGUUCAGAUCGCCGCAGAUCUCGGGAUCGAGAGGCUGAUCGUGCUCACUCACGUUCUGGCUCAAUUUCGCGACGUAAAACGCGAAGGGAAAAAUCGCCAACUCCAAAACCGGUUCGAAUUCAUGUUGGACGGCUCACAAGAAAUGUUACAAAAGAGCAUGUCUUUGAAAUAUUUAGUUGUUUUGGCGAUAUCAAAAACAUUGAAUUUCCCAUAGAUCGACUUCAUCCAACAAAUGGAAAGGGAUUUGCAUAUAUAGAAUACAAUAGUCCAGAUGAGGCUGAAAAUGCUAUUAAGCAGAUGGAUGGUGGACAAAUUGAUGGACAAGAAGUUACAGCAGCGCCAGUUCUAUUACCAAGAAUCAGGCCACCUAUAAGAAAAUUUUCUCCACCACCGAUGAGGCGUCAGUUGAACAAUCGUUGGAGAUCGCCGCCACGCUACCGUAGAAGGUCACCUAUACGUCGUCGCAGUCCACGCCGUCGCUCAAGAAGUCCGAUUCGCAGACGUAGACGAAGCCAUAGUUCCGAAAGUUCCCGGUCACGAUAAAAAAUGCGAAUACUUUUAUUACGUUUUGUAGCGCAUUCUAAAUGAUAUUUGAAUAUACAUAACUAUAUUCCCAUUAAGUGUCUGACUUAUAAAAGCGUAAUUAAAUUCAAACAAAAAAAAUUAUUGUUGCUAAAUUCUUUAAUAUUUGUAAUCAAAUUAUUUUAGAAUAAAAAAAUCAACAAUUACAGUA